GUGCAGCGUGAGAACGGAUUGCGUUUGUAUGUAAAAUUGUUACCAUCAAAGGGAGAAGCGGGGGACAUUUUUCCAGUUAUGGUAAUACAUGAAAGUUCGUUACAUGACCUUAAUGAGCGGCUCAGUGGCCAAAAUAAACAUGUCGACUGUCAACAGUUUCGCGGAAAUCUGGUAGUCGAUAGCAAUCCAAAUGUACCACCUUAUGAUGAGGAUCGUUGGUUGUGGCUGAAAUUCGGUAAUGACGCAGAACGCUCGACGAUCAUAAGGUAUAAUUCCGAUUGUUUACGAUGUAUUGUGGUCAAUAUAAAUGUGGAGGAUUAUACGCGGGAUACCAAUUUUGAACCGCUUAAAACUUUGAAGAAAUAUCGCCUCCUCCAAAAUCCAAAAGAACCAUCCAUGGGUGUUUAUUUUGAUGUUUAUAAAUGUGGCAUGCUAAAUAUUGGUGAUCCUAUUUAUGUGCAAUAUAGGUAGAUACAAAAAAAGCGGAAGUUAAUAAAUACAAUUAUAUGUGGGUACGGUCACUCCAAGCUUCAGCUCGAUGGCUCUCGCAUUGCACUUAGCCUAGAUUAUUAACAAAAAACAUAGAUAAUAUUAAAUUUUAAGGAAUCUACAUAUUUACAUAUGUAUAUGCCGUAAUAUCUAAAUAAUUUUGUUAAAAAUUUGUUAAAACAACUAGCCUUUUUAAUUUCCCAAAUUGCGAUCCACGUUAAAAAACAAUAAUCCGUGAUGUUCAGUGGAAAAGUACAGCAAGCCUCGGAUGAAGAAUACAAACUUAUAAUUUAAUGAACC